AUGACCGGAGAAGAAUCUGAAUGUUUACGAUCAGAAUUGAAAUUGAAGUUGUCUCCCUCUAUUUGGUCGGAAGUGGAAGUCGCCUUCGCGCAUGCGCACGAGGAUGAACAUGGAAAAUGUAAACAACGGCAACGAGAGAAAUUUUCUAAACUUUUAUCGAUAAAAGAAGGAAAGUCAGACUCGGGAACAGAAAGGGACUUGAUUAACACUGACAAAUGGGUCGUCAAUUUAUCGGACAGGCCGUUGUCACUGGACGAAACAUCAGUGUUAAAGAAAGGUAUGAACUUUUGUGUUACCCCUCCAACCAUCCCCAUAAAUGAAAUCAUCGCUUCCACAGAACAGGUUUGCUACCAAUUAGAGGAUAAAUCGGCCGCUGAAAGUUUAAGGGGAGAAGUUGUAAAGAUUCUAAAAAGUGCCACCAAACCUAAAAGCAACAUCACCACCAAGGAAAGAGAUGCCUUGCGUGACUUAGGUAAACGGAAAGACAUUGUAAUUCUACCUGCCGAUAAGGGUCGUACUACGGUUGUGAUGAACAAAACUGAGUAUGUAGCCAAGAUGGAUAAGCUCACGAGCGACAGGGAUACCUAUGAACCACUGAAAAAGGACCCAACCAGGCAAGUGAAAACUAGAUUGGUUAACAUCUUAAAGAAAUGGAAGAAGGAAAAUCUUAUCUCAGAUAAACUGUACCAUCAACUAUAUCCCACAUCAGAAAACGUCCCAAAAUUAUAUGGACUACCCAAAAUUCAUAAAAAGGAUGCUCCUUUAAGACCAAUUGUAUCGAGCACAGGAAGCGUAUUGUAUGCAACCGCUAAAUACAUUGCUUCGGUCAUUGGCCCCUUGGCGGGUAAAACGGAACACCACAUAGUUAACUCGGUGGAUUUCGUUCAGAAGAUCAAGGAUCUUGAAGUACCCCCAGGCACGAAAUUGGUAUCCUAUGAUGUCUCAGCACUUUUCACUUCAAUUCCAGUACCUAAAGCACUCACAGUGAUCAAUAACAAAUUGGCUGGAGACACCAAACUCAACGAACGAUCUGAACUCAGUGUUGAACAAGUGACCGAGUUGUUAGACCUCUGCCUUAGUAGCACAUACUUCAUAUACAAUGAACAAUUCUUCCAACAGAAGCAAGGUGCAGCCAUGGGUUCUCCCGUAUCGCCGAUUGUCGCGAACUUAUAUAUGGAGUUUUUUGAGAAGCAGGCAUUGGAAACUGCAAGGAAUCCACCGUCCCUCUGGCUGAGGUACGUGGAUGAUACCAUGACUAAAAUCCAUGAAUACAACAUCCAAGAAUUCACGGACCACAUCAACUCAAUAGACGAACAUAUCAAGUUCACUUCAGAGCAGGAGGAAGAAGGCCGUAUUCCGUUCCUGGACACAUGUGUUCACGUGGCAGACGAUGGGUCGACGAAAACCACGGUUUACAGGAAACCGACGCACACCGACCAGUAUCUGAACUUUCAGUCCAACCACCACCUUGAACACAAACGAUCAGUUGUACGUACCCUACUACACAGAGCCAAAACCCUAAUAACAAAAGAAAAAGACCAGAAAGACGAAAUCGAACAUGUGAAAUCCGCUUUAAGAACCAACGGAUACCCGGAUUGGAUAUUCAGACUACCCAAAAAGAAAGAGAAAACACUAGACAAAGAUAAGGGAACACAAAAGAGACCGACUGCAGGAAUACCUUAUAUCAGGGGCACCUCAGAAGUUUUGGCUAGAGUAUUCAAAAAACAUUGA